GCACCGGCCAGGCUGUGGCAUGCAUUGGUGGCGAGAAGGGCGAGAUUGAGGUCAAGCAAUAUGCGAAAGGGGAAUAUUUCGGAGAGAUUGCGCUUCUCAGCGGCCAGCCGCGUAAGGCCAGUGUGUAUGCAGUUGGCAAAGCGACUUGUUUCUAUAUCACCCGGUCGACCUUUCGACGAAUCCUGGGACCUCUUCAAAGCUUCCUGGAGAAGAACAUGGACAAGUACGCCAAGUACCAAGAUGCCAUGAAGGAGGGCGUCAACGAGGAGGAUGAGAAGAAGGAGGGGGCUCCGCAGGAGAAGAAGCAAAAG